AUGGCUCUUUCAUCUAAACCACCGAAUCUGUCAAUUUUGACAGAUUCACACAGGAACUCUAUUUCUACGAAUUCGGUCUCACCCACAACCCAUUUGGCAGACUCACCCUCACCUACUGGACAACUUAGCUACGUUCACGCAGCACUAUCCAUUGGAAACCAACAAAAGACUAUUCAUACACCAAUUCUUGUAGGAGAUGAAGACCUCAACGCGACUUCUCGAGUGUAUCGUCAAGGUACCUCCUCUAAUUCGGUUUUUUAUCACAUCUCUUCCGAAUUUAAAGAUUUGGAUUCAUUUCUUGGCCCUUUGAGGCAAACAUACCCUCGAGGAAUUGGGCUUCAACUCAAGACCAAAAUGGAAAAAACACAUACAGCUAUUGAACUGUGCCUCUCAAACGCAGACUACUGUAAAUACGCAUGCAGCAACCCAAUUGUGGUUGACAAUAAUGAGUUCUUGGCAACCUCUGCUAUUUCAGUAGAUCUCAAAUUGUUCAGAGUGAAUCUGACGGGACUUCCGGCCAAAGAUUAUGAAGAUAUUGCCCCCCAAUUGCAACUAUGUCUUAGCCCAUACGGCAAUAUUUAUGGAACCUGGGCAAAAAUGGGAGACCAUUGUGUGUUCUGUAAGCAGAUAGGUCAUUCCAUAGACAAAUGUACUGAAAAGCGUAGAGAGAAACAUACGUGCCAUAACUGUGACACUGUUGGACAUAUUCAGAUACACUGCCCUCGGAACCCACCUUCUAACAGUCAUCGCAAGUCCCAUCUAGAUGAUGGACCUAGCAAUCAGGUUGCUCUCCGCCAAAUUCUCAGUCCACAGCGCAUUCAAGAGACAACACGGUCUGCCAUGGAAAAGGCAGAGGCACAGAAGCAGAUGAUAGCCCAGGAACAGGCUGCUGCUCAGAAACAGAAAGACCUAGAUAUCCGGAGAGUCUUGGAAGCAGAGAAGGUUGCUGCUGAAGAAGCAGCUGCAAGAGUCCUCGAGGCUAGAAUAAUUGCAGAUAAAUGUGAGGCUGCCGCUCUUCAAGCAAUAGCUCCUGGAAAUCGUAGAACUUUACCAGCUAGCGUAGAGGCCAACGUGGCAGAUAAAGAUGUGACAAGGGUGACAAUAAUACUGAAAAAGCUGGCAAAAAGACAAAGCAACAAUGAAAAAAAGAACAAUUGA